CUGCUUCCUAAGGAAAAGGCCAGGACUCUGUUGGAGCGGGUGGCAGAGCUGACGCGAAGCUGACAUGGGCAACUUCAAGAGUGUGGGCCAGGAGCCUGGGCCGCCCUGCGGCCUGGGGCUGGGGCUGGGCCUGGGGCUGUGCGGCAAGCAGGGCCCGGCCUCUCCAGCGCCAGCGUCGGCAUCAGAACCCAGCCGGGCACCAGCAUCCCCACCUCUGCCCCCGCCAGCACCAGACCACAGGAGCGGCCUCCAGGUUGCACAGGGGGAGGCAAAAGAAAGCAGACUCCAUCCUGUGACUCCAUCCCUGGCUCCAAACAGUCCCCCGCUAACCCAGCCCCCAGAGGGGCCCAAGUUCCCUCGAGUGAAGAACUGGGAGGUGGGCAGCAUUGCCUACGACACCCUCAGCGCCCAGGCUCAGCAGGAUGGGCCCUGCACCCCAAGACGUUGCCUGGGCUCCCUCGUAUUUCCAAGGAAACUGCAGGGCCGGCCCUCCCAGUCCCCUCCGCCUCCGGAGCAGCUGCUGGGUCAGGCCAGGGACUUCAUCAACCAGUACUACAGCUCCAUCAAGAGGAGCGGCUCCCUGGCCCACGAGCAUCGGCUGCAGGAGGUGGAGGCUGAGGUGGCGGCCACAGGGACGUACCAGCUCCGGGAGAGUGAGCUGGUGUUUGGGGCCAAGCAGGCCUGGCGCAACGCCCCCCGCUGUGUGGGCCGGAUCCAGUGGGGGAAGCUGCAGGUGUUUGACGCCCGGGACUGCAGGUCUGCGCAGGAGAUGUUCACCUACAUCUGCAACCACGUCAAGUAUGCCACCAACCGGGGCAACCUCCGCUCGGCCAUCACAGUGUUCCCACAGCGCUGCCCGGGCCGCGGAGACUUCCGCAUCUGGAACAGCCAGCUGGUGCGCUACGCCGGCUACAGGCAGCAGGAUGGCUCCGUGCGGGGAGACCCCGCCAAUGUGGAGAUCACAGAGCUCUGUGUGCAGCACGGCUGGACCCCGGGAAACGGCCGUUUCGACGUGCUGCCCCUGCUGCUGCAGGCCCCCGACGAGCCGCCCGAGCUCUUCACUCUGUCCCCCGAGUUGGUCCUGGAGGUGCCCCUGGAGCACCCGACGCUGGAAUGGUUCGCGGCCCUGGGCCUGCGCUGGUACGCCCUCCCCGCGGUGUCCAACAUGUUGCUGGAAAUCGGCGGCCUGGAGUUCCCCGCGGCCCCUUUCAGCGGCUGGUACAUGAGCAGCGAGAUCGGCAUGAGGAACUUCUGCGACCCGCACCGCUACAACAUCCUGGAGGACGUGGCUGUCUGCAUGGACCUGGACACUCGCACCACCUCGUCCCUGUGGAAAGACAAGGCAGCGGUGGAGAUCAACGUGGCCGUACUGCACAGUUACCAGCUGGCCAAAGUGACCAUCGUGGACCACCACGCUGCCACAGCCUCCUUCAUGAAGCACCUGGAGAACGAGCAGAAGGCCAGGGGCGGUUGCCCUGCCGACUGGGCCUGGAUCGUGCCCCCCAUCUCAGGCAGCCUCACUCCCGUCUUCCACCAGGAAAUGGUCAACUAUUUCCUAUCCCCUGCCUUCCGCUACCAGCCAGACCCCUGGAAGGGGAGUGGAGCCAAGGGCACCGGCAUCACCAGGAAGAAGACCUUUAAGGAAGUAGCCAACGCAGUGAAGAUCUCUGCCUCACUCAUGGGCACGGUGAUGGCUAAGCGGGUGAAGGCCACCAUCCUGUAUGGCUCCGAGACCGGCCGGGCCCAGAGCUAUGCACAGCAGCUGGGGAGGCUCUUCCGGAAGGCGUUUGAUCCCCGGGUCCUGUGCAUGGAUGAGUACGACGUGGUGUCCCUCGAGCACGAGACGCUGGUGUUGGUGGUGACCAGCACAUUUGGGAAUGGGGAUCCUCCGGAGAACGGAGAGAGUUUUGCAGCCGCCCUGAUGGAGAUGUCUGGCCCCUACAACAGCUCCCCUCGGCCAGAGCAGCACAAGAGCUACAAAAUCCGCUUCAACAGUGUGUCCUGCUCCGACCCGCUGGUGUCCUCCUGGCGGCGGAAGCGGAAGGAGUCCAGUAACACAGACAGCGCGGGGGCCCUGGGCACCCUCAGGUUCUGUGUAUUCGGGCUGGGCUCCCGGGCAUACCCACACUUCUGCGCCUUCGCCCGAGCGGUGGACACAAGGCUGGAGGAGCUGGGUGGGGAGCGUCUACUGCAGCUGGGCCAAGGCGACGAGCUGUGCGGCCAGGAAGAGGCCUUCCGUGGCUGGGCCCAGGCGGCCUUCCAGGCCGCCUGUGAGACUUUCUGUGUGGGAGAGGACGCCAAGGCCGCCGCCAGGGACAUAUUCAGUCCCAAAUGCAGCUGGAAGCGCCAGCGGUACCGGUUGAGCACCCAGGCUCAGGGCCUGCAGUUGCUGCCAGGCCUGAUCCACGUGCACAGGCGGAAGAUGUUCCAGGCUACGAUCCUUUCAGUGGAAAACUUACAAAGCAGCAAAUCCACCCGGGCCACGAUCCUGGUGCGCCUGGACACUGGAGGUCAGGAGGGGCUGCAGUACCAGCCCGGGGACCACAUAGGCAUCUGUCCCCCCAACCGGCCGGGGCUGGUGGAGGCACUGCUGAGCCGCGUGGAGGACCCGCCGCCGCCCACCGAGUCCGUGGCAGUGGAGCAGCUGGAGAAGGGCAGCCCCGGUGGCCCUCCCCCCGGCUGGGUGCGGGACCCCCGGCUGCCCCCAUGCACACUGCGCCAGGCCCUCACCUUCUUCCUGGACAUCACCUCUCCGCCCAGCCCUCGCCUCCUUCGACUGCUCAGCACCCUGGCUGAAGAGCCCAGCGAACACCAGGAGCUGGAGGCCCUCAGCCAGGACCCACGGCGCUAUGAGGAGUGGAAGUGGUUCCGCUGCCCCACCCUGCUGGAGGUACUGGAGCAGUUCCCAUCCGUGGCGCUGCCUGCGCCCCUGCUCCUCACCCAGCUGCCCCUGCUCCAGCCUCGGUACUACUCUGUCAGCUCCGCACCCAGCGCCCACCCUGGAGAGAUCCACCUCACUGUGGCCGUGCUUGCAUACAGGACCCAGGAUGGGCUGGGGCCCCUGCACUAUGGGGUCUGCUCCACGUGGCUGAGCCAACUCAAGGCCGGGGACCAAGUGCCCUGCUUCAUUAGGGGGGCUCCUUCCUUCCGGCUCCCGCCCGACCCCAGCUUGCCCUGCAUCCUGGUGGGCCCAGGCACUGGCAUUGCCCCCUUCCGGGGAUUCUGGCAGGAGCGGUUGCACGACAUCGAGAACAAAGGCCUGCAGCCCGCACCCAUGACUUUGGUAUUUGGCUGUCGAUGCUCCCAACUCGACCAUCUCUACCGCGAGGAGGUGCAGGACGCCCAGCAGCGUGGGGUGUUCGGCCGCGUCCUCACCGCCUUCUCCCGGGAGCCCAACAGCCCCAAGACCUACGUGCAGGACAUCCUGAGGACCGAGCUGGCUGCUGAGGUGCACCGCGUGCUGUGUCUCGAGCGGGGCCACAUGUUUGUGUGCGGCGACGUCACCAUGGCAACCAACGUCCUGCAGACAGUGCAGCGAAUCCUGGCCACCGAGGGCGACAUGGAGUUGGACGAGGCCGGGGACGUCAUCGGCGUGCUGCGGGAUCAGCAACGCUAUCACGAGGACAUUUUCGGGCUCACACUGCGCACCCAGGAGGUGACGAGCCGCAUACGCACCCAGAGCUUUUCCUUGCAGGAGCGGCACCUGCGGGGCGCAGUGCCCUGGGCGUUCGACCUGCCAGGCCCAGACACCCCCAGCCCCUGAUAGGCCCCUGGCUUCCACUUGGGGUCGGGGGUGAGGGACUGCACUGCUGGCCGACAUGAGAAGCAGCUCAUUCCCCUGGGAGUGAGUGAUCGCCUCCUCUCUCCAGGCCCGCUCCCCUGACACGGGUCCCUGUAACCCUCCGCACUUCCCCGCAGUGGUGUUCAGGGCCUGCUGCCACCCUCCUCGUGUACUUCGGUGACCUGCAGAGUCCCCUCACCCCGCUCCGGGGUAGCUCACCUUUAAAGGCCAUCUCCAAACCAUUCAAAUAAAUAUUUAUUAUUGAAGAUUCACCAC